GCUAAACAAUUUCAUUCAAUUACAAGAUGCAAACCGAAAACGGUGGCGGUAUCAGUGCACCUGAGCAUCUAAACAAGUCAUAUUUUGAAAAUGCACUUCAAAAUGGACUACAUGAACAAUCAAUUCAAGUUAAAAACAUCAAAUUUACAUCAGGAAGUGGCGAUGGCGAUAAUUAUUGUAGCCAAAUCUAUCGGGCUUUAAUAGUUUAUUCGAAAGCUGACCAAGAAAAUCCCGAUGACGAAAUUUCUGUGAUAGUAAAAGUAAUGCCAUCCAAUGAAGGUUUGAAUUUCCUUGACAAAAUGAAUGUUUUCAACAAAGAAAAAUGGCUAAUUAUGGAUAUCCUGCCUCAAUUUGAAAUUCUAUUGGAUGAUGUUCAAUUUGCUCCAAGAUGUUACUAUAGUACAUACAGUCCGUUAGAAACUUUAGUCCUUGAAGAUAUGAACCGAUUUGGAUUUCAUAUGGUUAACAGAGAAAUUGGACUCGAUGAGAGGCAAGCCAAGUUAACGUUAAAGAAACUUGGACAGUUUCAUGCUUCUUCAAUGGUUUAUGCCAAGAAAAGACCAUCUAUGAUGCAACACUAUAAUAAGGGUCUUCUGGACCCCGAAGCGAUUAAACCACCAACUAGUUUAUAUAAGAUGCUCUAUAAACACCUCGCUUAUGAAAUUAAAAUAUCUUCCAAAUGGGAAGGAUUUGAAAAAAUUACUGAAAAAAUGAAAGAAUUCUACAAUGAAUUCGAUUCAAGGCUAUUUGCUUGUCAGAAGCCUUUAAAAAAUGAAAUUAAAGUCCUAAAUCAUGGUGAUUUCUGGGUAAAUAAUUUACUCUUCAAAUACGACGAUCGGAAUAAUCCAGUCGAUUUAGUAUUCUUGGAUUUCCAAUUAAGCAUUUAUGGAAGUCCUGGAAUUGAUUUGAAUUAUUUUAUAUUUGCCAGUGUUCAAAUGGAAGUAUUGAAAAAAUGGAAGACUCUACUCGAAGUUUAUUAUGUUUCGCUAAGAGAUACUCUCAAAGAGCUUGGUUAUCAGAAAAUACCAACUUAUGCAAAUAUUGAAAAGGAAUUUAAACAAAAAUCUGCUUAUGGGUUUUUUACCCUAAUCGGACCGUUGCCAGUGAUGACAAUGCAAAAAGAAGCAAGUGAAGGAAAUAAUUUUGAAACAUUAGCUGAAUCCGAUGAUAAGACAGAAAUAAUUUUUAGUUCUGAAAAGUUGAUAGAUCGUUUGAAAUAUUCGCUGUUGGAAUUGGAUAAAAUGGGUGCUUUAGAUAUUAAGACUAUUAUAACCGAAAUGACAGUGGAAUUUUCAAAUUCGGUCAAUGCACCAGAAUCAUUGGAUGCAAAAUUCUUUCAAGAAGUCCUUGAAAAUGGUCUUCUAGAAGCUUAUGUGAAAGUUAAGAAGGUCUCUUUUGAAAUGGGCAGCAGUGGUGGUGAUAAUUAUUGUAGUAAAAUCUACCGAGUUCGACUUACUUUUCAGAGGGCCAAUGAACCGCUGGAAAGUAUUUCGGUGAUUGUGAAAAGUAUUCCCUUAACGGAUGCCUCACAAUUCUUGGAACAUUUAAGAGUUUUUCUGAAAGAGAAGAUCUUUUAUAAUAAUAUGCUGCCAAGAAUGGAGGUCCUUAUGGAUAAAGUUAAAUUCGGUCCAAGGAUAUAUCACAGUCUUAGUGAGCCAAUUAGUACUUUGGUUUUUGAAGACUUAUCAUCUUUGGGGUAUGUGAUGGCUGAUCGAGAGGAAGGACUCGAUAUGGGCCAUUGUGAAAUGGUUUUAAGGAAAUUGGGACAAUUUCAUGGGGUUUCAAUGGUCUUGCAGAAAAAGGACCCAGCAUCUAUGAAUUCCUUCCGUUUUGGAAUGGUUGCUGAAGAAGCUGUCAAUGCAUCGGAUGUGUAUAAAACAUUCUUUGGCAAUAAUAUUGAUGGUCUAAUUCGUAAUAUGAGCAAAUGGAAAGGCUACGAAUCGAUAACAGAGAAAGUGAAAAAAUAUGCCGCCAAUUUAAAAGAAAACCUUAUCAAGACCCAAAAACCAAUUCCUGGUGAAUUAAAGGUCCUAAAUCAUGGAGAUCUUUGGGUAAAUAAUUUUCUAUUCAAGUACAAAAAUGACAACCGAAAACAACCUGAGGAUGUGGUUUUUGUUGAUUUUCAAUUAAGUCUUUAUGGCAGCCCUGGUAUUGAUUUGAAUUAUUUCUUUUAUACUUCACUUCAAUUGGAUGUGCUUAAAGAAAAACGUAACGAUCUACUUAAAACUUAUUAUCGAUCGUUAUGUGAGACAUUGAAGGCUCAAAAUUAUAAAGAAAUUCCAUCUUUUGAUAAUAUAUUAACUGAAGUUCGACGAAGAGAAAGUUAUGGAUUUUUUGCUAGUUUUGGAAUAUUUCCAGCUGUAGCAAUGGAUAAAGAACAAUCGGGUGAUAAUUCAAUUGAUAAUUUUAUGGAUGAAGAUUUUGCUAAGAAGAAAAUUGAAAUAAUGUUUGCGUCGAAAAGAAUUGAGGAGACUAUGAAAUAUACGAUGAAACGAUUUGAUGAAAUGGGUGUUUUAGAUUAAUAAUAAGUUAAAGUUAAAAUGGUGUAGUAAUAGUUUAAGGGGAUAAUUUGUUAUAGUUUUAAGUAGAAAAGUUAAAUAAAAGUUAGAUCAAUUUAA